UAUAUAUUCACUGUUUACUUAUCUUUAGGAGGAGUCAUUCCACAAAUGUGCUUGGUUUAUAUUUCAUUUUAAAUUAGAAUGUGUAUGUGUAUUAUUGUGUGUUUGCAUAAAAGUUUAUCAAUAAUAUUUUGGUCACACCUUUGUUUAAUCACAGCUUAAUGAAAUUCAUUUAAAAUUUAUGCAUCUUGUUAGUACGAUUGUUUUUCAACUUAUUCUCUCAGAUGUGAUUUUAUCUUUUCUUAGUUAAGGACUCUAAUAAUUUGUCAAUACCAUAUGGGUUCUGGUGGCAUGUUCAACUGAUGGUGAUUGCAUGUACUUCUAUAUUGAGUAGAAACCCGUGCUUAAGAUUAGUGGACAUUACAUUAUUUAUAUAGGGGGUCUGUUAGAAUUUUUCCUGAAAAAGACUUGCUUAAAACUGUGAUGAUACGUACUUAAUUACAACAUGUUUUGUGAAGAGUUAAGUUUUCAUGGAACAAUUUAGUUGUGUUGGUCAGUUGUAUUACAGUGUUUUGAAAUAUGCUGUGUAGCACAUUUGGUUGAGUAUUUCAUUUUAUUGCUAGUCAUUUGGGUAGGAAGAGGUGAUGUAAUUAAAAAGUGUUUAUGUUUGGAAUUGGAAUGACUGAAUUGAUACUAGUAAUCUGCAAAUAAAUUAUUGCUUAAUGCUUGGCACAUGAAAAUAUAAACAAGCAGUGUUGUCAAAUAUUGGCCGUGGCAGUGCCGUAGUGUAAUUCGGUGGCGUAUUUUCUUACUACCGCCAUAUCCAAUUUGUGAAGGAUGGCGUUUUCUGGCAUAUUUUUGGCUUUUCGCCAUGGUCAGCAAUCAACCGUCGAUAACCCUGGAAGCAUGAAGUUUUAAUAGUUACUAGCAUUUGUGAGAUAAUUGGCUGGCCGUAAAGAUCCACCAUGUGUUAUUGAUGACUGUGUUCGAGAGGGUUAUUCAUCAUUGGUUGUGGACUGGUUACUACUAUUAUUAUUCAUAUGAGCAUGGAUGGUCUAAGCAUGUGGAAAGGAGGUAUUAUCAGAUCUUGUGUAAAGAGAUCGAUAGCACAUGUACCCUUCCUCUCUAGGCAAUGGCUUGGACUCUUGUGCUAGAGAUAAUUGGUAUCCUUCAAGCAAACUCUCAAAACUUGAUCAAUGAGAACUUGGGCUGGAUCCGAAGAUUUUUCCUACAAUAUACAGAGCCAUCCAUGCUCAAAUUUGUCACUGCAUGAUUCUUGUCUAAUUUUACUUAUUGAUCUAAUCGAUUAUUCUUCAAGUUUGUUGGUUGCAUCAUUGAUGGUUUCUGUUAACAGGUUGCAAAUGAGUCAUCCGGCAAGCAACAAGGAGUAGUUGGUGAAAGUAGUGAUCAAACUCACCUAUCGGAUCGAGUUUGUUUACCUGAACUUGAGAAACUGUUAAAGCAGAAGAUUUUCACGAGAUCAGAGACUGAUCAUUUGAUAGAGCUUAUGCGCUCAAGGUCUGUAGAUACCGCUGUUGGGGAAGAAGGGAAGAUGACAGAAGUGGUUCCAUUAGAAUCAAUGUUGCAUCAUAACCAAAAGGAAGAGCAUCCCCAAACUCCUGCACUAGAAAAUAGAAUUGAAAACCAUCUUGAUUCAACCCCACAUGUCACUUCCAGUAUUUCUGUUGAAGGUGUUGCUUCACCUGCACAACUAGCGAAGGCUUUCAUGGAGAGUAGGCCUUCUAAGGCAUCCCCAUCAGUGUUAAGCUUGCGAAGUCCUACCAGGGAUGAUUCCACUCUACUAAAAGGCCACUUUGCUCAAAAAUCCCCUGUUAUGUCAAUUGUGCCAAGGGCUACUAACCAUGCCAGAGUUUAUGAAAAUGGUUUUUUGUCCCCAAGAUCUCGUGGAAGAUCAGCAAUAUAUACUAUGGCUCAAACACCUUAUCCUAAAGUAUACCCUACCUCCACAUUCAAGGGUGUUGGGGUUGGUGUUGAAGAUGGGCCGUCAUCUUCAACUCAGCAUGCACUUGGCAAUGGUAUACUCUCUGGAACUAAACAAGGGGGAUUAAAACGUAGAAGUUCUGUAUUAGGUAAUGAUAUAGGAUCUUUUGGUCGUAUACGCCGAAUCCGUCACAAGUCUAAUCUUCUAUCUUCUAAAGGAUUGGCCUUGACUCACUCAGACAGCCCUCUAUCUAUUACUAGUAGUGGGGUUGGUAGUGAUACUGCUCAGCAACCUUCAUCUUUCAUGCAGAAGCCUAUUCUGUCGGGUGAAGUUAAUUACAGCCAUAGCAAAUCGCCACCGGAAAAUGUAGGUGACACCAUGCCUAGCAGCAACUUUCCUCCUUUACCAUCCAAAUCUAGUGAGAUGGCUUCAAAAAUACUGCAGCAACUUGAUAAUAUGGUUUCUCCCAAAGAAAAAUCAUCAUCAGUAUUAAGGCUGCCAAAUGUGAAUGAUAAAUCUCCAACAAAGUUGUCAUCUUCCAUGUUACGAGGACAAGCUCUUAGAAGCAUGGAGACAGUAGAUUCCUCAAAAUUAUUGGAUAAUGUAAAGGAUACUAAAUUAGACGGCACUCCUAAAAGUUUGUCUGCUAGUUCUCAAAAGUUGACAUCAAAGACAAACAAGGUGGAAAAUGGUCUGAAGCCUGUUUCACUGAACGGUGGAUCAGCUCCUGAAGUAACUGGUUCAGACUCUACUGUCCCAAGAAACCAAGUCAUAUCUAUUGGAAAGUCUGUAGAUUCUUCUGACCCUCCCUCAAAAACAUGGGCAUUCCGCAUGAGUGCACAAGAGGAUUAUCUGGAGUUGGAUGAUGAUGCCUAUCCUAAUGAAGCUGUGUCUCCUUUUUCUACAUCCGAGAAAGAAACAAAAGGCUCUACUGCUGCGGCUGACAAAACAGUCUCUGCUAUUGAAAAACCUGUACAGAAGAUGCCACCAGUUUCAUCUGAAGUGACGUCGUCCAAAAGUUUUACCGCAGACGGUAAACUUUGUACUGCUGAUGGUUCUAUUGUUGCUAAGAAGGUUGACACACCGACUUCAAUAACUUCAUCUAUUGCUACUGAUCCUACUGUUAAGCCAAGUAUGGGUGAAGUUAAAUCAUCGACACUCACUAUUUUAGGUUCCGACAAGUCCUCUUCACCAAAUGGAUCAGCUGCUAAUCUUCCCCUGUUUAACUCCGGGAAUAAUUUUGUUCCUUCAACAGAGCUAACAGGUGCUGAUGCUCAAUCAAAAGAGUCCACUAAAGCAGGCCCAGUAUUUGGUUUGGAUAAAGCGGCUCCAUCUAAGGAAACAAGUGCUGAUGCUACAUCUGUUAAUUUUGGUUUCAACAAAAACAUUGACAGCAUUCCACAGGCAUCAUUUACUUUCUCUUCUUCUGCUGGUGGUGAUUCUACUCUUUUCAAAUUUGGCGGGGCUUCUGACUCAAAGUUGAGCUCAAUCAGCUCAAUUUCUGCUGCCGGUGUUGUUGAUUCAGUGCCAAAAGUUCUUGAAUCAAAUAAUGCUGAUGUCAAGGCUAGUAUUGUUUCUGAAUUCUCUGCUCGAUCAUCAGAACCAUCUGCAGCAUCUACAUCAUCGUCAACAUCACCCGCAAAUAUAUUUACUUUUGGCAACAAUUCAAGUCAAAAUGAUGGAUCUGCUGCCUCAAGCCCUACAUUGUCCUCUCCAUUUUUACCCGUGGUUUCAAAUAGUCUUACAAGUCAGAAUUUGUUCAGUAGCUCAUCCCUUGCCACAAGCAGCAGCAGCAUCAGUGCCACUGCUGCUUCCACCACUAGCAUGACAACCAGCACCCCUGUUGCUAACACGUCCAGCAAUAGCAGUUCCUCUACCUCAGUGAUGACGUCUUUAUCUCCAACAACUUCCCUUUUCAAAUUUGGAUCCACCCCUUUACCAUCAACAAGUUUACCUGUUUCAUCUUCUCACUCAGAACCUGUGGAAACCAAGGGCGGACAGAAUGCUGGAAUUGGCAAAAUUGAAAGCACCUCCUUUGGAAGCUCUUCUGCUGCUUUUGGAAAUGCUGGGAAUGGCAUUUUUGGGCUUAGCUCAUUGGCAACAUCUGCAAAUAGCCAGUCCCAGACACAGGGUUCUAUCUUUGGCACUGUAAGUGGGUCUACCAUUGGUACCCUGGCACCUAGUGCUACUAGUGGGUUUGCAACUUCGACUCAGAGUCAAUCUGUGGCAUUUGGUUCAUCUGCACCAUCCCCGUUGUUUGGGUUGACUGGAAGUUCAUCGCUCCCUUCUUCAAGUCCUGCAACAAAUAUUUUUAACUCUGCUACAACGGCUGGACAAAGCACCCCUGCUUCUUCUUUGGAAGCCAACCCUGUUAGCUCCAAUAAUGGCACAAAUUCUACCUUGUUUGGCGUUCCUAGUUGGCAGCCCAGCAAGUCGUCUCCGUUCGGCACCCCCUUUAGUUCAUCAUCAUCAUCGUCUUCAUCUACCUCUGUGUUUUCCUUUGGAACAUCCGCUCCUUCCGUUGCUUCCACCAGCUCUCCCAUGGUAUUUGGAUCAUCUACAGGUGCAUUAGGUUCUCAAUUCUCAUUCACUUCAGCUGCAGCUACUACCAAUACACAGCCUGCUUUUGGAAAUUCUAGUCCCGUCUUCGCAUUUGGUUCAGCUUCUGUUAAUAAUGAUCAGAUGAGCAUGGAGGACAGUAUGGCUGAGGACACAGUUCAAGCAACUCAACCCGCCACUCCUGUAUUUGGUCAGCAACCAGCCCAAGCUCAAUCAAAUUUUGUAUUUGGAGCACCAACUCCAACUGGAGCUAGCCCUUUCCAGUUUGGGGGUCAACAGAAUAUUGCUCCACAGAAUCCAUCUCCAUUUCAGGCUUCUGGCAGUCUAGAAUUUAAUGCGGGAGGGAGUUUCUCGUUGGGCACUGGUGGCGUUGACAAGUCUGGUAGAAAGCAUAUUAAAAUUAAACACAGGCAGCGUAAGAAGUAAGACUGUUGUUUAUGGAAACAGUUAUUAAUGUCACUGCACUGCUGCAGUCUGCUCUUGAGAGUAAUGCAACAAAUAAAUAAGCUCUAAAGGUGGGUGAUUUCCAAGUUUUGUUGUUGAGUUUGCACUCUGGAGGAGUGCUAUUGUAAGCGAAUCAACACGGGCAUGCUUGUCAGUCCCCUUUGUCUUGCUUGCUUCUUAUAGAGGAAUGCAAGGCAUAACUUUGCACAAUUUUGUAAUAUUAUGGUGUCAUAGAACAUUAGCUGUUGUACCUGUAAUGAUUUAAGGUCAUAGUUCAAAAAGAUUUGGUCUGUUAUGAUGAUCAUAAAAUCCCUGGGUUAUCUUUUACUUGUAUCAUAACUAGAAAUAGGCAUGGGUUUUAUUUGUCUUAA